CUGUCUAACCAAAGAAGAAGACGAAUGGGACUCAUAACCAUCAUGGUGUCUCUGCGGUAGUGUAAAUAAACUAUGGAGAGCCCGGAGUUAGGUUUUACUUUGGCCUACAUUGUGUUUUCUCUCUGCUUCGUGUUUACGCCCAACGAGUUCCGUUCGGCCGGUUUAACCAUCCAGAACCUGUUUUCGUCAUGGCUUGGAAGCGAGGAUCUGGGUUUCAUCCAGUACCACGUCAGACGGACCAGUGUUACCGUGCUGGUCCACUCCGCUCUGCCUUUAGGUUACUACAUGGGGAUGUGUAUUGCUGCUCCAGAGAAGAAGCUGGGAUUCAUUCAUCAGGUGGAUGGAUUGUGGAGAGCAUUUCUCCUCCUCUCUCUCUGCCUCCAUUUGGCCAGCUGGGCACUUGUCAUCUACUGGUCCCACAGUCACUGGUGCAGUCAUCCAAUCAGCUGGACCCUGCAGGUCCACAUACAGCCUCCGCACUCCAGCUGGGGCGCUGUGGCCUCCAGCAUCAACAGAGAGUUCAGACGCAUAGAUAAGUUUGCUACAGGGGCACCAGGAGCCAGAGUUAUUGUUACUGACAGUUGGGUAUUAAAGGUGACCACCUAUCAUGUCUACAUGGCCUUACAGAGUGAAUGUCAUGUGACAGUAACAGAAUCCAGACAGCACCAGCUGAAUCCAGACUCGACCUCUCCCACACAGAUCUUGACCUUGAGAGUGAACAGCAUCAACCCUGCUGUCAAAUCCUUUGAUAUCAGGCUCAACUCAACAGAGUUUGCAGAGUUCAGCGAGAAGCUCAAUUCUCCCAUAAGAACCUCUGCCAAUGUAGUGAUCUACCAAACAAUCAGUGAGCUCUUCCUGGAAACGUUUAGUGCUCAAGUGGACCUCAAUCAGCCAUACAUACUCCCCAGUGGACAGGAGAUAGAAUCCUGUAUCGGCUGCAUGCAGGUUCCUGCAAACACAAAGCUGGUCAGACUCUGCUGCACACAAACUGAUAACGACUCAGACUGUCAGCAGUGUUUCUGCAGACCCAUGUGGUGUCUGUCCUGUUUGGGUCGAUGGUUCGCCAGCCGCCAAGACCAGCAAAGACCUGAGACCUGGUUGUCCAGCAGAGUUCCCUGCCCCACCUGUAGAGCCAAAUUCUGUAUCCUGGACAUCUGUGUGGUCCGCUGACAAGACAGAUACGAGCCUACUUUUUCAUCUUGAAAUGAUGAGUAGGACAUCAGCCAGCAAAGCUCUAGAACAGAAAGUAGACAGGACUGGAUCGAACUCAGUUAUGUGCCUGAAUAUUCUGUGCUUUCAGUAAUGAGUGAUCUCUUACAAACUUAGUUUUGAAUCUCAGCAUACUGUAAAGUGCAAUUAAUGUGACAUUUUGGAAGAUAUUGCUUUACUCAGUCCGGUAAGACAGUUUCACUUAAGUCUGCCCAGCUGUUUAUUCCUUCAGAACAUGAUGUUUUUUAUUAUUUUGCAAAAGCAUAAUUGAUUUUGUUCUCAAUUAGUUUUCUUUGUAGGAACUCUUUUGUUUCCAUAAACACUGAAUACAUAAAAGUAGCCUCUAACCAUAUAAACUAUGGUAGGAAAUUUGCUCAAGUCAAAACCAAAUGGUAGCAGGGGGUAGAAAUAUGCUGCUGGUAGAUGAGCACAUAAGGGAAAACAUACAGUAAAAGGGCAAUUGUAAAUAGAAUCAAUGUCAUCUUUUUUUUCCUUGUCAUUCACUUCCACUGUCAGGACAGGAAGUGCCACCAAAAUAAAAUACAAAAGACGACAUCUCGCCUCCACUGUUGAGGCAAAGGCAAGAACUUCAAACAUUUCUCCCAUUUAUUAGCACUGCUUAAAACUACAAACACUACAAAAAACUGACAAUAUGUGAUCAGAGAUACUUAUUUUAAUUACAUCUGCAUGUAAUUAAGGUAAUAAUUACACAGUAGAUAACAAUGAUGGAAGAAGUACUCAAAUCUUUUUACUUAUGGAACAAGUAUUACAAAAGUAUUAGCGUAAGAAUACUCAACAUAGGCUACCAAAAGUAAAAGUACUUGUGCAAAAUAAAAUUCAUGUAUAUUAUUGGAUCAUAACUGCAUUAAUAUGUGAAUGAUUUGUUGCAGCUGGUAAACGCAGAGCCAAUUCUACUUUGCUGCUUUUGCCUCUGAAAUGUAAUGAAGAGAAAGUAUACAAGUUACAAAAAAAUCAAAAUACUCAAGAACAAAUUCUUCUACUUAGAUACAGUACUUGAGUAAAUGUUCUUCGUUACUUUCCACUACUGCCAAAUAAGUGGCCAAUAUAGAAAAGUUGUUGGCCUACUUUAUUUCAACUAUACACAAUGCCAGCAGCCACAGAGUGCAGCAAUAUUUAAUUC